AUGGAUUUCGAUCCUUUAUCUCUUUAUACUCCUUCACCUCUUCAAAAUGAAGAAGUGCUGAUACCUAUAUACCAAGGCUUGUCUGAGAUUAAGGAAAAUGAAAACCUUUCCGAGACACUACAUAACGAUUCUCAUCUCGAACCGGUUCACAUAUUAGACUUACCGUUAUUGCAAUUGAAACCACCAUAUGAAGUGCUAGUCUCGAUUUUAAAAUUGCUUUCCCCGGAAGAAACUUUCAAUUUUGGUGGAUCUCUAGAACAUUUUGAAAAUACAGCAAUAGACCCGGAUACCAUUUUUCAGGAGAAGGGUGUAAUUGAAUUGAACACCACGGGUAUGACUUGGCUACAACUGUACUGUCCUCGAUUCGAUACUUUAGAGAAAUUAGCACAUCUUCCCCGCCUAUCAACAUCAUUCAAAUUGAAUUUUACGGCAGAGUAUAAUGCGUACAUGACAAACUUAAUAUCGAACCCCUUGUCAUGGAUCACGAAUGAAAAGCAUAUUGAUACCAUCCAAAAACUUGCUUGCUUGCGUAUAAGUGAGAAUUGUGGUCGAACUGCACAACCAGAAAUUAUCAGAAAAAUUGUGUUACCAAAUCUUGACCAAUGGAUGAAGACCAAAACAGGCCAUUUGAAAUUACGCGAGCCUUCCCUAACCAAUGACAAUUUAGGGUUGAAAACUUGGGGAUCAGCAUUGAUUUUGAGUCAACGAUUAUUAGUUCUUGAUCAUACGAAAUACUUGUAUAAAAGCGUGUUAGAAUUAGGAUCCGGAACUGGUCUAGUGGGGAUGGUUAGUUCAUUAUUAGGGUACCCCACUGUAUUGACAGAUUUACCAGAAAUUGUACCUAAUUUACAACUGAAUGUUGAUUUAAACAAGCUAAACAAUGUAACAGUUCUGGAAUUAGAUUGGACAAAUCCCCUGUCAUUCCUCCAAACAUUUCCGGAUGCUAAAUAUCAAACAAUAGUAGUCAGUGAUCCUGUUUAUUCUUCCAAGCAUCCUUAUUUGGUAGUAGACAUGAUAAAUUUAUUUUUUGACAAAUCUGAUCCUAUGACCCGAGUUUUAGUACAAAUACCUUUACGUCCUAAGUUUGAAAAUGAACGUCAAGUUCUAUGGGAUUUAAUGGAGGCUAACCUGUAUCUUGAGACUGAGCACGAAAUAGAGGAAGGAUUUGAUGAUUUUGGUGAAAUGAAAUUCUGUUUUAAGGUUUUCAAAAAACAAAACUGA